AUGGUAAAGAGGAAAAUUAAGCUUGUUACGGUUCAGACUGUUUUGAAAGAUGUUCCACCAGCAGGAGAAGGGUUUCCGAUGAGAAGAUGGUCUAUAAAGCUUGUUGCUAUCUCUGAAGAUGGGCAGGAGGUUCCUGCAUUGUUUAUUGAUAAAGUUCUAUACAAACUUCACCCUACAUUUCAAAAUCCGAAUAGAAGCUUCAAAAAGCCACCAUUUAAAAUUGAAGAGCAUGGAUGGGGAGAAUUUGAAAUGGAUAUUGUAAUUUCAUAUGCAGAAAGAGGGGGUGAAACAACAAUAAAGCAUGAUCUUAAUUUUCAACAAACGAAAUAUGAAAAUGAACAUAUACUAACAAUUGUUAAUCCCCGUCCUGCACUGCAGCGUUUAUUGGCAGAAUCAGGACCUAUUCCUGAACAUUCUGUAGAUUUGGAAGAUAAGAAGAAAGAUAAACGUAAAUUUGAUGGGGUUGAUAAGAACAAAAAGAAAGGAAAAUUUUCUAAACCAGUGGAUAUGGAUCGAUUAGCAGAUGGAUUACAAAAACUUGAAGAAGACGAUCUUUUACAAGUAGUACAAAUGGUGAAUGACAAUAAAACUCCAGAAAUGUAUGUUAAAAAUGAUGUUGAAGAAGGAGAAUUUCAUUUAGAUUUAUAUACAUUAAGUGAUAAUUUAUUAACAAUGCUAUGGAAUUUUACUGCAAAAAGAGUAGCUUUGUAA